AGUAUUUAGUUUGCUAUUCGCGUUGCUCGCGUGCGGUUCGAAGAAAGGGAAAAAAUAAUAGCAAAAUUGAAAAAUUGCACAAUUCUUAAUUUGUAGAAUAUAUACCAAUAUUUGGUUGUGUCUUUUCGUCGCUGGCGAGGUCAGAGGUAGAGUUGAAGGUGUGAAAAGAGUGCAACAAUCCAACAGGUUAAAAAAAGGCAUAAAUAAUAAAAAAAGAUAUUUAAAUGCAUGCAUACACACAAGCCUACAUAAAUAUGUAUCUACAAGGAAGCGCAUCUAAUAUGCAUUUACUUCGGCCGUACAUGGCGUAUGAGUAACGCCAAACAUCUCUCUACAGCGCCACAGUGCGCAACAAGCGACGGGUACCAAACGUCGUUCAAUGAUAUGUGUGUAUAUGUAUAUAGCGCGGCGUCUUAUAUAAAAAGUUUAUGUGUUUUGCGAAAAGAAAACUCACACCACACUUUACGUUAAUUGCGGAAAAGUCUUUUACCAGUGUGCGUGUGUGUGUGUGUGUGUGUGUAGGUUUGAUCAUAAAUACUGCAAUAUAUGUACGAGAGUACCUACAUACAGAUGUGUGUACAUUGAAGUUAGUUCAGACUGCAUGCAGAACACACUGUGAUACUCGUGAAACUUUGUGGAAUUUUUGUGUGAGCAUCAACAGCAUCAGCUGGAGCAAAAAAACAUUCCCAAGAUGACGACAGCUAAAUGGAUUUGGCGAUUGGCGUUGAGCAUACUAGCCAUUUUUGUUGCCUGCUCAGCGGCCAAUGAACCCACUGGCUAUUUUCGUGAGGUCUGUAAAUAUCGGAAAGGGAAAUUGUUACAACCAGUGAGCGAACAUCGACAUCGGCUACAUGCGCUACGCGAACAAAUGCGUAUACGUUCCGCACUGCGUAAUCUCGAGAUCGACGCCUACAUUUUGUCACCAUAUGAUGAGCAUAUGAAUCAGGAAAUGGCCGAGCGUGACCAGCGUCUGCACUACCUAACCGGCUUCACCGGCACGGGAGCAUUUGCCGUCGUUACCACUAACGCUGCCGCCAUCUGGGUUGAUAAUCGUUAUGUGCAACAAGCCGACGCGGAAAUUGAUUGUGAAUGGGAGCUGCAUCGAAAGAAUUCAACGAUGACCAUAACAGCGUGGCUUUCGUCAAAAUUGUAUGCGCAUCAGCGUGUCGGCGCCGAUCCGCACCUUGUGCCGCACCAUCUGUGGAUGCGUUGGGAGCGCGAGCUGGCGAAUCGAUUGCUGGUGCUGGACAGGGUCAAUAACAAUUUGGUGGAUAUGAUUUGGGCAGAUCGCCCGGCUCCAACGAAUUUCACCAUCCGCGUGCAAGUACUGCAAUUUGCCGGUGAGAAGUGGGAGAACAAAGUGGAGGAAUUAAGAUCAAAACUACAGGCGUAUAGUUGUGAUGCCAUAAUCGUUACAUCACUGACCGAGAUCGCCUACUUGCUGAAUAUACGCGGACUCGACAUACCAUACACACCGGUGGUGAAGUCAUACCUGAUAGUCAGCCACGACGAGAUCUUUUUCUACGUUGAUUUCAGCAAGAUGACACAGGGUAUUGACUUUCAUUUGCACACUGACUGCUACAAUGAACGCUGCGUGAAAAUUAAGGAGUACUACAAAGUUUGGAAUGAUCUGCGCACAUAUGCACAAAUUUGGAAACGUGUACUCGUGCCGGGUCCCUGCGUGCAGGAGGAGGGUGCAUCCGAGGCCGUUUUCUCCGCAUUGCCGAGUAACAUAGUGUAUAUAGAGGCUUCGCCUAUAAUUUUUAUGCGCGCGCAGAAAACUCCCGAAGAGCAGCGUGGUAUGCGUGAGGCGCAUAUACGCGACGCGGCAGCUAUCUGUGAGGCGAUGAGCGUUCUAGAGAGUAGAUUUUUCAUUGAACAAUGGACUGAGGAGAAGGUUAAAUACGAGAUUGAUCGUUCGCGUCUGUCGCAGAGUAAUGCGCGUGGUCUAUCCAAGCGUAGCGUUGUGGCUUUUGGUGAACAUUCCGCACUGCCAUAUUACAUUUCGAGUAAUGUCACCGACAUUGAAGUGACCGAUCAGAGUCUGUUGGUAAUCGAAUCGGGUGGGCAAUAUUACGAAGGCACGACGGAUGUGUCGCGUACCUUCAUUUUUGGCGAACCCACAGCGGCAAUGAAACAUGCCUACACAAAUGUGUUGGCGGGUAUGCUGGAAUUGUCAAAACUACGAUUUCCUUCGAAUUUGCGUGCGUCUGGCGUAGAUGUGUUGGCGCGUCGUUUGGAGUGGAGCGAUAUGGUGGAUUAUCCACAAACGACGGGAAGUGGCAUAGGUGCUUAUGGCGCGGUGAAGGAGCCUCCAAUAUCAAUAGCCUACGGACAGGAGGGCUCACAUCGUUUUCAGGAAGGCUACUUCUUUUCGAGUGAGGCUGGCUUCUAUCGACCAGGUGAAUUUGGUGUACGCCUGAAGAAUGUGCUAGAGGUAGUGGACACAGGCAAAGUGCAUCCAAAUGGCAUGAAGUUCCUGGAAUUUCGGCAAAUCACAUUAGUGCCUUUCGAACCGAAGCUGAUCGAUCCAAUGCUCUUAAAUGCAAUGGAGAAACACUAUCUCAACGAGUAUAAUGCGAAAGUGCGUGAACUUGUCGGUGGCGAGUUGAAGCGGCAAGGCAAUAUGCAGGCUUUCUAUUGGAUGAUGAAUAAGACGCGACACAUACGUGAAUAUUUGCCAGAGGACGAUUAUCGUGCGGCGCGUGGAGCUGGACAUCGAAUGCGCAGCUUUUUAACGGUUACCGUUCCAGCGUUGUUGUUAGGUAUAACCGUUUUUUGUAGCUUUGUUAAAUGGUUGCUCUAGUGAAAUAUUGAAACGAUAGUAGUUGAUAGAUAAUACAGUUAGGUUUAGGGAAUUUACUGGUAGAUAUUUUAGAUGAAAAUAGAAUUAAAUACUGAUACUGUAUGUAUAUGAAUAACCGCACACGACUAACAGUACAUAUUUAGCAGAAUUUUUACUUAGUUAAAUGAUAAUGAAUACGUAAAAGAAUUCUAAAAAAAAGUGUUCUUAAAGAUAAUAGUCUUUUAAACAAACGAAAAAUUAUGUGCCUAAUUUUCACUGUGUAUUAGUUUUAAGGCUGUAAAUAAUAUGCAUAUUUGCUUGUAAUAAAAAUGUGAAUUUAAACUGAAUGUAUUAUUUUUGUAAUAAAAAAAAAACUAAUUGAAUU